UCCCAGUACCUCCAGCUCCAGCAAUGCCCGCCGCCCCCUCCCCGCUCCCCCCAAAUGCUUCCUGAGCUCACACCGCCGCCGCCAUGGAGCUCGGGCAGGUGCUGGGCUACACGCCGCCGGCGACCAAGGACGCGAGAUCCGGCGGCGGCUUCGCCCAGGCCGCCGCUUGCCCCUACCCCUACCCCUCCCCCUUCCUCGACGAGCAGAAGAUGCUCAGCUUCUCCAAGGCCGCCGCCCCUCCAUCGUCAGGUAUGGAUUUUGGCAGGUCCAAUGAGCAGAGGCUGCUGCUGGCCAGGAGCAAGAUGCCCUUCACUCCUUCACAGUGGAUGGAGCUGGAGCACCAGGCCCUCAUAUACAAGUAUCUCAAUGCAAAGGCCCCCAUACCUUCCAGCCUGCUCAUCUCCAUCAGCAAAAGCUUCAGACCCUCCUCCGAUAGAAUGCCCUGGAGGCCUGUCUACCAAGGGUUCACCAAUGCAGAUUCUGACCCGGAACCUGGAAGAUGCCGUCGAACAGACGGCAAGAAAUGGCGGUGCUCAAAGGAGGCGAUGGCCGAGCACAAGUACUGUGAGCGGCACAUCAAUAGGAACCGCCAUCGUUCAAGAAAGCCUGUGGAAAACCAAACAAGGAAGAACGCCAAAGAGACGCCUGCUGCUGGCUCGUUAUCGGCCGCUGUCUCACAGGGUGGCUGUAAGAAAGCAAAAGCUGGUGAUGAACUGAAGCCAGGGAGCGUCAGCUAUUGGACAGAUAAUUUAAACAGGGCAAUGGUGAGCAAAGCCAGGGGAAACAACCCUGAAGAAGGCAACAGUGCUCCACUCCUGAAUUCUACUAAUCAACAACACACAUUGUCCUUGUUCUCUCAACUGAAGCAACAGAGCAAACCAGAUAAGUUCAGCCCUGCAGUCGAUAGUGAAUCGAUCUCCUCAAAUACAGUAUUGAAGCCCUGGGAAAGAAGCAACCAGCAGAGCAGCAAGGACGUUUCUUCGACGACGCUCCAUGAUCGCGGGUGCCUUCAAUCAGUCCUUCAAGAUUUCAGCAUGCAUAAGAAUGACAAGAUCGAGGCUCAGAAAAACAAUGCUUCAGUGCCAUCAACUUUCUAUUCACCUACAGAAGGUCGACACAUCAGCUGCCUUGCAUCUAACAUGAUGCAAGUGCAGGAGGAUUGCAUCUCAAGCUCUUGGGAGAUACCUCAAGGUGGGCCAUUAGGUGAAAUCCUAACAAACUCCAAGAACACUGAUGACUUGACCAAUAAGUGUGAAUCAAGAUCAUAUGGUUGGUUACUGAGUCUUGAUGAACAUGAAAUGUGAGUUCGCAGUAAACGGAGAGCUAGACAUAGCAAAGUUCAACAUGGAAGGGAACAAUGCUGAUGGAAGCAGGAUGAAGUAGCUUAGAUGUGUGACCCAUCCAUGCUUGUUCUUCUCUCCAUAUUUUCAGUCUUCUGUUUUGUAAUAUCCAGUAGUUGCAACUUUUAGUGUUUAGGAAUUUGGCUGCAUCCUAAAAUAUUAUGGCUUGCCUUGUAUCAAGCUUAUUGGCUACAUCUUUUAACAGGUAAACUAUAAGGAUUCAUUUCUUCA